AGGCACUAUUGAUGAGAAAUUUGAUGUGGCAAGUUAUUAAUAAUGGUACCAACCCUCCUGAAAUAUACAGAAACAUUGAAUAGUAGCAAUUAAAGCACUAGAAUGAGACACAAACAAGAGUCAAGAAGAACAAUGGAAAAGAAUGAAGAGGCAGAGGUUACAAGUGAGAGGGCUACCACUUUUUAUCAUUAUCAUCCAUGUUCUCUACUCCAAAAAUUCCUUGGAACUUUCUUCAAAUGUUUAGGCUUUGAAAUUGAAACCAACAAAAAAGAACAUGAGCUAAAAUCUCAUUCAGAUCAUACAGAAGAGGAUCUUGAAACUGAGGAAAACAAAACAAGAAAUGAACAUGAAAGUUCCCAAAAUGAAUGUUCAACAAGUACCACUCAAAGUUUUUUUAUGAGAACUUUGAUAGUUAGGCGUGGUGGACCAAGAAGAUCAGAUCUUAGUAAAGGUUCAGGUCCUGGGAUUAAUUAAUCAAUUAAUACUUGCUCACAUAUAUUUCAAAGCUAGCUAGUAAUUAUCAUGAACAUGUAGUUUAUUAGUAUAAGCAGAAAUGUUGAUCCAUAGAUUUAAAUGAUGUAAUAUUUCAACAGUUUUCUUUCAAUCACACUAUCCUUCUCUAUGUAGGGUGUUCUAUGUAUGUAACAACUUAAGUGUUUGUAUA